AUGCCCAAUACUCCUCCCUUAAUUUCCAACAUAUCUAUGCCUGAAAUUACUUCUGUAAACAGAUCAUCUAAAGAUACCACAAUUACAAGCCCUCAAUAUAUCAAACAAACGAUUGAAAAUCUUCGCGCUCGUCUGGAAAAUCUUGUCGAAGUUUUGAACGACACCGUUGAUCAAAACCAAAACCUAAACCAAAGCGAAGACCAAGACCAAGACCAUAAAAACAAUUAUCAGAAGACGAUUCACAUUUCCAUCUCUGAAGCACAGCAUGAUCUGGAGAUUCUUGAAUCAAUUCAAGCCAAACUUAACCAUACUUAUAUGCUUCAAUCUCAUUCAAAAGAAGAGCUCGGCUGUCCUAUACCUACCAACACUCCAUAUAUCCAACCUGAUGUUACCAGUCUAGUACACGGAGAAAACGAUGUAUUCUUUUCAAUAGAUGAGUUUCUGGAUCAAUUUGAAGCCAUAGUUCUUGCCAAUGGUCAGUCGCUUGAUACUUGUUGGAGUACACUUUUCCCUAUGUCAAUUGCAAAAGUGCAGCUACCAGUCUUGAAUUCAUUUCUCCGCAAUGAUCCUAUAUUGCCUUGGUCAAUCGUUCGUAGCACACUUGUGCGUAUGUACAGUGUUAAUACUGCCAGACAGCAGGUCCUUCUUACUAUGAAAUUAAUGAAAAUGACGAUGAAUAAGGACGAAUCAGUUGCGGCUUAUACUGACCGAUUUCAGAAGGCUCGUAGGGAAGCAGGUGCUCCCGACAACCUCAUGACAUAUACACUGUACAUUCGAUCUCUGCCUACUGACGUGGCCCAUCAAGUGCGACUUGCCCAAACAAAAUUAUCGGCCGAAGACAGGGAAAAACUCCAGCCACAUUUGCCCUUGCGCUCCAUCCAUAAUGCUUUUGCCGAUGCCAGCUCAGCCUUUGAUCUUCGGAGCGGAUCUCUGCAUGACGACGAUGUAACAAUGAAUGGAACCUACACAGCCCCAUCUAGUUGA